UUCUAUAAAAAGAGUUCACACCCUCCUCUCUCUCUAGACCCCCCUCCCCCACCAAAAAAACAAACAAGAUUUUGAAGAAAGAGAAAGAAUGGAGGAAGUUGCAUCUUUAUGGAGUUAUCAAGAGAAUGUGGAUGAACUUAAACAGAGGCUUAUGUACACAACACUUGAAUUAGAAGCCGUUAAAGCCGAAAACGAUGAAGAAAUAAGAAGGAACAGGGAAGCGGUUAAACGAUUGUUACAGUCGCUAAAGAUUGUUUGUCAAGAAAGAGAUGAAGCUAAAGAUCAACUUCAAAAGCUACUAAACAAGACUAUCCCCUCAAAUGACCAACAAAUGUUCAAGACAACGAACGCGUUGAUUGCAAAUGGUUUUGAUCAAGUUCGACAGCAUCAUCAAGGCCCGUUAAUGAUGCCCAUGAAGGCAAAUUCAAGUGUUAGUGAAUCAAAUAGUCUUAAUCAUAGCUCGUCUCCUGUUGACUCGCUUUUUGACCCGAUCUCGUCCCCCGAGUUUUCGAAUAUUAAUGUUGAAACACCCUUUGUUCAAGAUUAUGAUCAAAAUGGUGGGUAUUCAAAUCAUUUGAAUGGUUUGAUGAAUGUGCAAAAAGUGGAUCAAGCUACUUUGGUCAUGGAGGGUAUGAUUAAAGGCAAGACUUUGCCACAAAAGGGGAAUUUACUCGAGGCAGUAGUGGAAGCGGGCCCGCUUCUGCAAACAUUGAUGCUGGCGGGCCCACUUCCCAGAUGGCGGAAUCCGCCAUCAUUAAAGACGGUCCACAUCCCGUCAAUGGUGACUGUAGUUGAUCAGAUCACUGCAGCCCAGAAGCUAGACGUCGGGAAUCAAAAUAAGUUGAUAUCACCAAUGAUGAUGUUGAAGCAAUCACAACCGUACGCGCAAAUGGCUUGUGGGAGUUCUUCUCAAAUGAUGGCUGGUGGCGGCGGUGUUUUGAGUUACGGCGCGGUUAAUUUUGCUAGUAAUUUUCAAGGGAGGAUGGUGGAAGCUUGCCCUAGUGCUAGUAAUUUAGGCACAAUAGCAAAAAAGCAAAGAUUACAUUAAAAUGCCAACUUUAUUUUUCUUUCUUUUUUUUACAAUAGGUACAUGUGUGUAGGGUUGAGUGCCAUUCGGUCCGAACCGCCCAACCUGAGUGACCGAACCGAAAUUAAGGUGUCGUGGUUGGCCCUCGGUUUCAUAUUUGAGCAAUUUUCGGUCUUGGCUUCGAGCUAAAACCGAAUGCAAACAUAAUGUGUAUAAAGGCUAAAUUAUAUUGAUUAUGGUCCAAACAUUUAAAAAAUGGUAUGUUUGGGCU